GGAAGGGGUUAGUGUCUAUUGAGUAGACGGCAGAAGAACACAGAGAGCGCGCGGGCCUGGAUGCUGGGUGGGUGAACUCUGCCCUGGGCCUAGGGCCGGCGGGAGGAUCCGGAGCCAAAUCUGCGCGCCCUGCGAGCGGUAACCGGGCUGCUGAGAUCCGGAGGGCAGCAGGGGCCAGAGCCCCGGCCUACGCCCCGCGGAGAUGUCCGGGUGCGGCGCCUGUACUUGCGGUGCGGCCGCCUCGCGGCUCAUCACCUCCUCCCUCACCUCCGCGCAGAGAGGUAUUUCUUGUGGCCGCAUUCAUAUACCUGUUUUAGGAAGGCUUGGGACCUUUGAAACUCAGAUUCUACGAAGAACUCCUUUUAGAACCUUUACAGAAACACCAGCAUACUUUGCCUCAAAAGAUGGGAUGAGUAAAGAUGGCUCUGGAGAUGGAAAUAAGAAAUCAGCAAGUGAGGGAAGCAGUAAGAAAUCAGGCUCUGGGAGUUCUGGGAAAGGUGGAAACCAGCUGCGCUGUCCUAAAUGUGGUGACUUGUGCACUCAUGUAGAGACCUUUGUGUCUUCCACUCGUUUUGUGAAAUGUGAAAAAUGUCAUCAUUUUUUUGUUGUGCUAUCUGAAGCAGACUCAAAGAAAAGCAUAAUUAAAGAACCCGAAUCAGCAGCAGAAGCUGUAAAAUUGGCAUUCCAACAGAAACCACCUCCUCCCCCCAAGAAGAUUUAUAACUACCUCGACAAAUUUGUUGUUGGCCAGUCAUUUGCUAAGAAGGUGCUUUCAGUUGCUGUGUACAAUCAUUAUAAGAGAAUAUAUAAUAAUAUCCCAGCAAAUCUGAGACAGCAAGCCGAAGUUGAGAAGCAGACAUCAUUAACACCUAGAGAGUUAGAAAUAAGAAGACGGGAGGAUGAGUACAGAUUUACAAAAUUGCUUCAGAUUGCUGGAAUUAGUCCACAUGGGAAUGCUUUAGGAGCAUCAAUGCAGCAACAGGUAAAUCAACAAAUACCUCAGGAAAAACGAGGAGGUGAAGUAUUGGAUUCUUCUCAUGAUGACAUAAAACUUGAAAAGAGUAAUAUUUUGCUGCUCGGACCAACUGGGUCAGGUAAAACUCUGCUGGCACAAACUCUAGCUAAAUGCCUUGAUGUCCCUUUUGCUAUUUGUGACUGUACGACUUUGACUCAGGCUGGAUAUGUAGGUGAAGAUAUUGAAUCUGUGAUUGCCAAACUGCUCCAAGAUGCCAAUUAUAAUGUAGAGAAAGCACAACAAGGAAUUGUCUUUCUGGAUGAAGUAGAUAAGAUUGGCAGUGUGCCAGGCAUUCAUCAGUUACGGGAUGUAGGUGGAGAAGGCGUUCAGCAAGGCUUAUUGAAACUACUAGAGGGCACAGUAGUCAAUGUUCCAGAAAAGAAUUCCCGCAAGCUACGUGGAGAAACAGUACAAGUUGAUACAACAAAUGUCCUGUUUGUUGCAUCUGGUGCUUUUAAUGGUUUAGACAGAAUCAUCAGCAGGAGGAAGAAUGAAAAGUAUCUUGGGUUUGGAACGCCAUCUAAUCUUGGAAAAGGCAGAAGGGCUGCAGCUGCUGCAGACCUUGCCAACAGAAGUGGAGAAUCAAAUACCCACCAAGACAUUGAAGAAAAAGAUCGAUUAUUACGUCAUGUAGAAGCCAGAGAUCUCAUUGAAUUUGGCAUGAUUCCUGAGUUUGUGGGACGGUUGCCUGUCGUAGUUCCUUUGCAUAGCCUAGAUGAGAAAACACUUGUACAAAUACUCACUGAGCCACGUAAUGCUGUCAUUCCUCAGUACCAGGCCUUAUUCAGCAUGGAUAAGUGUGAACUGAAUGUUACUGAAGAUGCUUUGAAAGCUAUAGCUAGAUUGGCACUAGAACGAAAAACAGGUGCACGAGGCCUUCGUUCCAUAAUGGUAAGUUGGCAUUAUUAUAUAAAGCUAGAUUAUUUCUUGGUCUGGGUUUUGAGAACAUUAAGUAAGUCUCCUUUGGAAGUAUAUCCUAAGAAUUGGCCUAUGUGUUUUUGGCAUAUCCGUAAUUUUUAUGAAGAAGAAAAACUGAUGGCUUUUUAUUACAGGGCUCCAACGAAAGAAUCUUCUGAAGAGGAGUAUGACUCUGGAGUUGAAGAAGAAGGAUGGCCUCGCCAAGCUGAUGCCGCGAACAGCUAAACUGUCAGACUUUUGUCCUGUAUAUAAAGCUUUCCCUUCUUUUAUUUAGGAUUGUAACUAUGUCUACAGUCUGACAUUAAAAGCAUUGGAUCUAUCUUGGAUAUCAUACAUGGUCGGAAGCCUUUAGGAUAAAAAUCAGAUCAUGUAUAUUAUGUAACAUCAUAUUGAUUUAUACAGAGGACAUUAUGUGGACUUCAAUGACACAAUGUUGAGAUAAAAUGUACAUUAUUUUGGUUCAGUUUUUUAAAAAUACGCUUUAACAAAAUUCUUAGUUCUUUUAAGCAGUGCAGGUGUUGCAAUAACUGUGGAUUUUACAAUAUUGUCACUCUACAAAUGGGAAAUAAAUUCUUUAAAAUUUAAGAUUGGGAUACCAUUUUUUAGUGUAACCUUUUUCUACCCAUAUUUGUCUCCCGAAAAUAUUAGAAUUGUGUUCACCUUAAAAAUUGGAACAGUUUCCAGGUAGUUAAAAAUUUCAUGGAAAAAGUACCCUGAAGAACCAUAUUUUGAUGAUCUGUUUAGCUGUAUUCCUAGUCUUACCUGCUAAUGCGUGACCACUGACUCCCCUACUGGUGUUAUAAAAAAGGCCAUUCUCUUGC